GUAAACUGUGUAGUCCAUGCCGUAAAGUGACAGGGGGCGUCGCGGCACUGACUUGUGUAUGCAGAAAGGAAGUGGUUGAUAAUACGCAUCUGAACUUAGACAGAAAAUUGUGAGCGCCUGGGUCUUUACUUCGCUCAAGGAUAUCUUCUUACAUACACGUGUAGUCUGCCGCUGGUGAGGCAUGAAGAUGAAGAAGCUUCCUAACAUUCUGUUAACAGGGACACCUGGUGUUGGAAAGACUACUCUAGGAAAGGAGCUGGCUCAGCGAACAGGCCUGACGUAUAUUAACAUUGGAGACUUGGCCAAGGAAGGAGAACUUUACGAUGGCUAUGACGAAGAGUACCAGUGCCCAAUUUUGGAUGAGGACCGGGUGGUGGAUGAGCUGGAUGAAAAGAUGGAAGAAGGAGGAAUGAUUGUGGAUUAUCACGGCUGUGACCUGUUUCCUGAACGAUGGUUCCACAUUGUCUUUGUCCUUCGCACUGACAACACUCAGUUGUACACACGGCUAGAGAGCAGAGGAUACAAUGGGAAGAAGCUGCAGGAUAACGUUCAAUGUGAGAUCUUCCAGACCAUCUAUGAAGAAGCCAUGGAAGCCUACAGUGAAGAAAUUGUCCACCAGUUGCCUAGCAACACUCCUGAAGACCUAGAGCGCAACCUGGAACAGGUAGUGCAGUGGACUGAACAGUGGACGAAAGACCAUAACUAGGAGCUGAAGCAUCAGCCUUCUGUGCUCCAGUGGCAGCACUGCCAGCAUUAUUUGGACUUGUAUGAAUGUGGCCUCAUUGUAAUGGCAAUGUCAUCGAGUCUGGUGAUAUGUUCAGGAUUUCAUCACCACCUUUUUUUCAGUGCCACACUGUUCCGGAAUUACAUUAGGAAGAAGUUAAUAUUUGGAAUUUGUACAUAACACAGGUACAACAAGAAGUUUAAACACAUCAACUUAAGUUGUUUUCAGGUUUUGAUUUUUUUAAUAAAUGAACUUUGAAAUAGG